CAGUGAUCGCGACCCAUAACCCAUACAGAUCAGGCAACCACGUUCGCAGCACCGCAUCAACUUCCAGCUCGGUAUCUCAUCCACCAUCGACUCAUCAGACAUCAAUCGCCGUCGGUUUUAGCCACGUGAAGCCUCAACACGCGACUCGCCAGUGUCGGUUCUGAACCACAAUGCCGGCUCGCAAAGAAUAUGUCGCGCCCACGCGCUCAAGUAGACGCAUUGCGUCUCGCGCAUCUUCAGUCAUCUCUGAGGAGAUCUCACAAGACUCUACUGCUCUGCGCCCAGCGAAAAGCUCGGGGAUACGCAAGACUGCUCCCAAACCCAAGCGCGUGGCCGCAGCGAAACCUGCUCCCAAAGCCGCCGCGAAUCCCCCUCCUACUGCGAAAGGCAAGGGCCGCAAAGCCUUUGACGCCGCGUACAUCCUCGAACGUUGUUUCAGAUUCGGCAAAUACCACCUUAUCGACGAACUAACCAUGCCCCAAAAAGCAGUCAUUGUCAAAGCCGCCGACAAACGCGCCACAAACGCUGAGACUCGCGUCAAUGACCUUGAAAUGGAAGUCCAGGAACUUGCCGCCAUCAAUGAGCGCCUCACUCUUGAACGCAAUCUCGCUCGGGAGGAGGCCAGGAAGCGUCACCUUCGCGACAUGUUCCAUCGAGAAGAGGCGGAGAAGGCCGAGAUCGCACGCAAGGCCGCUGAGCUGGCGCAAGAGAUGGUCAAGGCACAAAAUACACAAAUUCAGCUGCAACAUAGCGCUGUCACAAAAGUGGCAAGCACCACCCCGGUUUCGGCUGCAGCGACGACACCGAUCCCAGCUGCAGUGACGACAUCGCUAUCUAACAGUUUCGCGGAAUCUUCACCCGUCGCAGCAUCAACCCCACUGCUUGAGACGACUGUUGCACGCAUCCCCUCUCUUCUUCGUCGCGUCCUCACUGGCAUCGCUUCACCAUUUGCCAAUCGAGAACCCAGUGUCGGCAGUGUCUCAUCACCAAGCUCGUCAGCAUCACCGUCCAGCUUGGGACGAUUACCCUCCUCGCGUAAGAGGCCAGCUCCAGAACCCGAGCUUUUGGAGUCUGAAGCCGCAAAUGUGCCCUCAACGCCCACGCCCAACUUCAGAGCUGCUCCCAAAACUCUGCGCGCGCCGGCGACGAUGCCAUCAUUGUUGAGCACGAUCUCUGAGCACACUGAACCGAGCGAGACGGAAGACGCGCGAUCACGUGCCACAUCUUAUGCGACUCCGUGCCGACCGCGUUCGAUCAACAAGGUUCGCGCCGCUCGCCAAAGUUUAGGAAAGACGCCCAACCGUGUCUCAAGCUCAAACAUCAACUCUGCACCGCGUGUGCGCAACGCGGACACGCGGGACAAAACGCUGCAUCCAGAGAACUAUCCAGAAGAGGCAAACAAAGAGAAUCGCGAGAUCAUUCAAAACCUGCCCGUGCCCGAAUUCCGCGCCACGAAAAGGGUCAAGAUCCACCACCUGAAAGAGAUCCCACACAAUCGACCCGGCGAUGCAGAAGGCACUUUCCGCUUUCCUGACCUGGACAGUGACGAUGAAAUGGAAGUCGACAUUGACGCGCCUCUCCGCUCCAACAUCUUCGAGGAGUCGGAGUCGAACAUCGCCGAGCAGCAGGCGCAAGUUGCCAAAGAGCAGGCACUCAUCGCAAAGGAGAAGGCGCAAGUCGAGCAAAAGCGUCAGCAGGAACAGCUUGCCCUGGAGAAAGCACAACUCGCCAAGGACCGAGAACAGCUUCUCAAGGAUCAAGCUCAAUUUGCAAAGGACAAAGCACUGGUCAGCGCAUCCCCACGCGUGGACUCAGUAGUCCGACGCGAGCUGGAUCUCUCUGCUUUUGCUUAUCCUAGACAGUCAGCCGGUGCUUCGAGCAAUGAGACGCCGCCAAGCAACGAGACCUUGCCGACCAGCGUUGACCUCAACGAAAAGACAGAGCGCAGACUCGAAGAACAAACACUCCGUCAGCGCAAUUGGCAGAUUAACCAAUGGCUGGGAGAAUGCCAACCCGAGCAUGUCGAUGGCCUGCAGAAAAAGCUUGCCGAAGUUCAAGACUUGCAAGAGGCAUUCAGUGCCCGAGAGCUCACGCUGCCCACACCCCAGCGCAUCAGUGAACUUGUCGAAGGCGAAGUCGAGCCUUAUCUUCCCGUUUGGGAAUUGCCAGAGGGUGGCGGAUACCAUCCCGAGCCCAUUCUCACCGACGAAGAGGCAGCGAAGAUGCUUGCAGACUACAAUGCCGACUACGAGCAUUGGCAAGUCACCGGCGAACACACCGAUAUCUACCUUUAG